AUGCAACAGUUGUGGCAACUGCAGACAAACUGGGAUGAAUCAGUGCCUCAGGAUGUGUACAAGCAAUGGAUAGAUUUUAUUACAGAGUUAGAGUUCUUAGAUAAAGUAAAGAUUCCUCGUCGAGUGAUUGUUGCUACGGGAAGGGUAGAAGUAAUUGGAUUCUCUGACGCAUCAGAAAAGGCGUUUGGGGCUUGCGUCUACUUACGGUCAUGCGGUAGAUCAGGUCAAUGGGAUUCUAGGUUAUUAUUGUCAAAAUCGAGAGUUGCCCCUUUAAAGACAAUCACAUUGCUCAGAUUAGAAUUUUGUGGGGCAUUGCUACUUGCGAAGUUAAUUAAAAAAAAUUGGUUUCAUGUUUGGUCAUUUGAAAACCCAGCAGAUUUAAUCACUCGUGGAAGUACCCCUAAAUUGCUGGCCAUUAAUGAGUUAUGGUGGUCAGGUCCGGGAUGGUUAAAGAGUGAAUCGGACCUCUGGCCACAAUCAUUAGAAGAAAUAGUUAACAUUCCAGAUCAAAAGAAAUCCAUAGUCUCAGUAAACAUCGUAACAUUUGACAACAAUGAUUUAAUUGAACGGUACUCUGAUAUCGACCGGUUACUUAGAGUUACAGCUUAUUGUCUCCGGUUUAUUAAUAAUGCGCGGAAACCCAAGACAAAUAAAUCGACAGCGUUAGGAAACAGUCAGUUAUCAGUCAUAGAAUUACAAGAAGCGCAACAAAUAUUAAUACGAGUAGUUCAAAAAGCAGCAUUUCCCAAUGAAUUUAUCGCGUUAAAUAAAAAUCAGUCAGUGCAGAAACAAAGCCCAUUACAGGCUUUGGCCCCGUUUUUAGACGAAACAGACAUUAUUAGAAUUGGCGGGCGUUUAAGUAAUGCGCCUAUUAAAUACAGCGUGAACAUAACAGAUUACUUCACGCGGGUUGCCAGCAAAUCAUCGCGUCACUGCGCAAACACUAUUGGCCAAUCAAUUAGCCAACCCACGGGGAGUACAGUACCCUAUGGGUCAGUUACUGACAGCCAGGGUAACACCUGCACGACCAUUCGCUACUUGUGGGGUAGAUUACGCAGGCCAAUUUUUAACAAAGAGCGUAGCCACAGUAAAACAUCAAUCAAAUCAUAUAUUUGUAUCUUUGUGUGUUUCGCCAUCAAGGCGAUACACAUCGAGUUAGCAAUAGAUAUAAGUGGAAAAAAUAGAUUAGCAGAUCUAGAAAAAUUAAUUACUAGUGAGCAGCACAAUUCGGAAAUUACAAAAUUUUUAAGCGGAAAGAUGAUACAGUGGCACCUAAUACCUCCUCAAGCGCCGCACUUCGGAGGUCUUUGGGAAAGCGCUGUUAGGUCUACCAAGUCCCAUCUCAAUAAAGUCAUAGGUAAACAGAAGUUAACCUAUGAAGAAUUAUACACGCUAUUAGCUCAAAUAGAAUCCUGUUUAAAUUCACGUCCCUUAAGUCCCAUAUCUUCCGAUCCAUAUGACCUUAAUCCUCUAACUCUCGGACAUUUUUUAACUGGCAUUGCACUGUGUGCGCUGCCAGAGGAAAAUUUAAUAGAAUGCUGGUACAAGGAGUACCUUCAUAAUUUUCAACAAAGGUACAAAUGGAAACACGCAACAGAUCAUCACCUGAUAGAAAGCAGCCUGGUUGUCAUCAAAGAGGACAAUCUACCCCCGUUACGAAGGUGUCUCGGCAGGGUAACGGAGGUACACCAGGGAAAGGAUGGAGAAAUACGGGUCGUCACCAUAAGGACCGCGACCGGUACUUACAAACGGCCAGUGACGAAGAUUUGUAUAUUAAGCAUCUACGAGGAGGAAGAUACAAAUACAACUAAAUAG